AUGGCAUUAACCACAUUGAAUCGAUUACAACUGACGCCCGAUAUUAAUAUUUGCCGUACAUUAAUUGGAAUGUGGCAAGUAUCUGGAAGUGGUUAUGGGCGUAUCGAUCCCGUAGCUGCCGUAAAAGCUAUGUUUGAUUAUCUAGAUGCUGGUUUCACAACAUGGGACUUAGCAGAUAUCUAUGGACCAGCAGAAGAUCUAAUGGGCGAAUUUCGGCGUCAACUACUCGCUACUCGUGGUGAAACGGCUCUAUCCAGUCUUCAAAUCUUCACCAAGUGGGUGCCGCAACCGACAAAAAUGACGAAAAAACUGGUAGAAGAAAGUAUUAACAAGUCUUUGACAAGAAUCGGUGUGAAAUCCAUAGAUUUGCUUCAGUUUCAUUGGUGGGACUAUCACAAUAGUAAUUACCUUGAUGCUCUACAAUAUUUAUCUGAGCUGCAAAAAGAAGGCAAAAUAAAACAUUUGGGUUUGACAAAUUUUGAUACUAAACAUUUAAAAAUAAUCCAUGAAGCAGGCAUUACAAUCGUUUCUAAUCAAGUGCAAUUUUCCAUCAUAGAUCGUCGUCCAGAAGUCCACAUGAUACAACACUGUCAGAAGCAUAAUAUUAAACUGUUAACGUACGGUACGUUAUGCGGUGGUUUGUUAUCAGAAAAGUAUCUCGGUAAACCUGAACCACGAGUCGAAGAUAUAAAUACUCCGAGUUUGAAAAAAUACAAGAAUAUGAUCGAUAGUUGGGGAGGUUGGGAGCUAUUUCAAGAGUUACUCAUCGUUCUCAAACAAAUUGCAAAUAAGUAUGGCGUUAGCAUCGGUAACGUAGCUGUGCGUUACAUUUUAGACAAACCCACAGUUGGAGGUGUAAUUAUUGGUGCGAGAUUAGGGUUAAGUGAACAUCUAAAUGACAAUGCCAAAAUAUUUCAAUUCAGUCUUGACAAUGAGGAUGUUGAAAAGAUAGAUACUAUAUCUCGAAAAUCGCGAGAUUUGUAUCGAGUAAUUGGUGACUGCGGCGACGAAUAUCGAUAA